AUGUUGGAACGGCAAAAAGACUUCCCCAGACUAAGCAACCAUGCCACGGCGAGCUUAGCUUUCACCACAGGUCGUCGCCCAACUAUGGAUCUGGGAGCUACAUUGCGACAUUUUGCUAAGACGGUCUCGGAAUUCCGUACACGAAUUUCCACAGAAGUUCCUCCACGUCAGUAUUACUUUGCGUUAUGGAUUCAGAUUUCGAUCAUAUCGUGUCUUCUUGUGUUAUCUGGGCUUUUUUCUGGACUUAAUCUAGGCUUAAUGUCUCUUACUCCACAAGAGCUUAUGCUUAUUCAAAAGUCAGGAUCUAAAGCUGAGCGUAAAUACGCAGAAGUUAUAUUACCUGUCCGCUCAAGAGGAAACCUUCUCCUUUGCUCUCUUCUUAUUGGCAACGUUUGCGUUAAUUCUGGUAUCUCUAUUCUUUUGGAUAAUCUCACUUCUGGAUAUGUGGCUCUAAUAGCCUCUUCGGCUGGAAUUGUUGUGUUUGGCGAGAUUUUCCCUCAAAGUCUUUGCGUCAAAAAAGGUCUGGCCGUUGGCGCUUACACUAUUUGGAUGACACGUUUCUUUAUGAUAGCUACUUUCCCUAUAGCUUAUCCUAUUUCCAAGGUACUCGAUUUUGUUCUCGGUGAAGAAGUUGUAUCCUAUGAUCGCAAACGCCUAAUGGAGCUUAUUAAAAUGAGUAACGAGGAAGGACUAGUCGAGGAGCUGAAGAUAGCAGUUGGUGCAAUGGAAAUCAGCGACAAAACUGUAGUUGAUGUGAUGACGCGCAUAGACGGUGAUAAAAUCCCUGAAGUCUCUAGUCACCCACCCACACAGUUUGGUGCUUCGGCUAAAAUAAGCCAUUACUCUCCCGCGUCAAAGAGUAACAUCUUUGAGGCCAGGACUGUCAAGAAACAGUUGAUCAGACCUCUGUCAAAAGCUACAGUAGGUCAAAAGAAGGAAUACACUAAACAGGUUGAGUACUCAGCAAUAGAUAAGGGAACUUAUCAGAAAUGCCGAUCAGCCACAGCCCUACUACAAAGUAGCAUAAGGCAAAUAAAAGAGGAAAGAGAAAAUCUCCAAGAAUUAUAUAACGAGGUUAGAGACGAGUAUAAAAACUGCAGAAACAAGUCCGAAAGGAAGGAUUUGAUGAUUGAAAUUGAACAAAUAGAGGAAGAAUCGCAGCUACAAUCUGCGGUAGCUGAAGCAAACGACCUAACGUUCAUGCUAACAGCGCGCCUUGAUGAAACCAAAAGUAUGCGCGAAAUUAUGGAAAUCAAACUGGGAUACAUGUCCCUAAAGCCUCAAAGAGACGAUAACGUCAACAGUGAAGAAAACGAAGAAAUGGAUGGCGAAAUGUAUAACACAAACGAAAAUUGUGUGCGAGACACCACAAUGCCAUCGUGCUCACAAGACAAAUCAAAUUCAGCAUCCACAUGCAAUAGUGGCACAGCCAAAAGGACGCUGAGGUCAAUAAAACCUCCACAAGCCACACUACCAAAAUUUUACGGGAAUUAUGACGACUUCCCAGGAUACUGGGCCAUUUUUGAAGCCCUUGUCCAUAACAGUGAAGAACUGGACACUAUGGAAAAGAUACUCCUACUCAAAGAAAGUUUAAAGGGAAGAGCGCAAACAGCCAUCAAAGGGAUAAAACUCAUUCCUGAAAACUACAAUUGGUUGAUCAAGACUUUACAGGAGAAUUACUCCAAUCACCAGUCUAAUAGAUCACAAAUAGUCAAAAAUUGGUCAGUAUGA